UCGGACUGGUCGCUUUACUGGAAUCGGUCAUGUGCAAGACUUUAGAUGAGACCGGCUCUGAUGACACUCUUUACGGGAAACUUCUCCGUCCCUGACGAGCACUUCUAUUCGGAGUUUAACGCUUUUUACUCGGGCACCCGGUUGUCCCAGCCCCUGACAGGUGCGCACAGAGGGAGGACAGAGAUGGGCAGACGGGAGGCGGACAGCAGAGGAGCGAUGACCACCAGCGACCGCUCCGGGCUCGGCUGUCUGCAGGACGCGGUCUCCAGGGGCCCCCGAGCCGGCGGGGGGUCCCCGGGGCCGGGCAGCCUCCGCCCCUGCAGCGGGGACAGGGCGCACAGGCACCCGGAGAUGGAGGCGGCGGGCCGGGCAGCGACGGCCCAGGCGCCGAUGGAAGUGAAGAAGCACCAGCACAAACACAACCUGAAGCACCGCUACGAGGUGAUGCAGACUCUGGGCCAAGGCACCUACGGGAAGGUGAAGAAGGCGGUGGAGAGGAGCAGCCUGAACACGGUGGCGAUCAAGUCCAUCCGCAAGGAGCGCAUCACAGACGACCUGGACAAAAUCCACAUCCAGAGGGAGAUCGAGAUCACCUCCUCGCUGAGACACGCCAACAUCAUACGUUUCCACGAGGUGUUCGAGAGCCGGGAUAAGAUCGUGAUAGUGAUGGAGUAUGCCAGCAGAGGAGAGCUGUACGAUUACAUCCAAGAGAGAAGGAGACUGGCAGAGACAGAAGCCAGGAGCAUCUUCAGACAAAUCACAUCUGCUGUCCACUACUGCCACAAGAAUGGUGUGGUGCAUCGUGACCUCAAACUGGAGAACAUCCUUUUAGAUCAAGAUUUCAACGUCAAGCUGGCUGACUUCGGCCUCUCCAAUCACUUCCAGAGGGGCACUCUGCUGCAGACGUACUGUGGGAGUCCGCUCUACGCCGCCCCAGAGAUAGUGAAAGGUCUGCCGUACCAGGGGCCGGAGGUGGACUGCUGGGCGCUGGGGGUGCUGCUCUAUGCCCUGGUGUACAGCAGCAUGCCGUUUGAUGGUACCAGUCACUCCAUGCUCACUGAGCGGAUAAGCCAAGGUCGCUACCACAGACCCAACCCCCCCUCAGACGCCUGCGCUCUUAUCGACUGGUUGUUGACAGUGCGCGUGGACGAGAGAGCCACGAUAGAGGACGUGGCCAACCACUGGUGGGUGAACUGGGGUUAUGAAGAGAGUGUGUGUGACUGCCCCUUGUCUCCGCACCAAGAAUGUCCCUCUCCUCUGCUGGCUCGCUACAUCGACUGGCAGAAUCGGGUCGCUGCCGCCAGCAACAUGGCGGUCGACCCCGGGUGCCUGUCCUCAGACUCCCAGCGCUCCCACCACCCGUUUUACCUGAGCUUACCUCUGAGGAGCGACCGUAGCGGAGGGCGGGCACGUGGCGGGAUGUCCAGCCUCAGGAAGUCCCGCAAGGAGAAUGCGAUUCCCCAGACGGCACAGGGAGCAUGUGGUGGUGUUUGUGCAGCAGCUGCCCUCUCUGCUGUGGUUUCCUCCACUUCCACUGUUGAAAGAAAGAAACCCAAAGGUAUUCUGAAACCCCAGAGGAGUUUCGACUCAGUCUUUCACAGCCUCCCUAAAGACAACUCUCCCACCCAGCUAUACAAAGCUUCUCCCCAGCCUUAUCGAACACAUGCUGACGUCCUAUCCACCAGCCUGCCGUCGCCGUCAACAUUCAGCCAGCCCUCGUCUAAAAUGCCCAAGAAGGGGAUACUGAAGAACUUGUAUGGAGGGGAGUCAAGUUAUGGCUCCUCCUCAGGAAUAAGGGGCUCUGGAGCAGGAGUUAAAGAGAGUGAAGCAGGUGAUUUGUGCUCUUAUGAAAAGCACAGUUGUCUCCCGGCAUCAGGAGACAGUCCCACCAUGCGCACAGAGGCAGUAAGAAGAAGGAAGGGUAUUCUGAAACGGAAUGGCAAGUUUUCCCGCAGUCUGGAUCUCCCCGAUGACCACCACUCAUCUCCAUCUGUGGCCCCCGCCAUGUUCCCCGAGGUUCUGCAGCAGCUGCUCCGCGCCACAGGGGGCGCCGAGGGCAGGCGUAGCCGCCCCUCCAGCGUGGUGAGCGAGGAUAGCGUCUUCUCUUCCGAUUCCUUUGACUUGCUGGAUCUCAGCGCCCAGUCACGUCGCAGGAUUUUCUCCCGGGGGACGCAGCGCAGCUCCGAGGAGGACCUGGAUCAGCUGAGGGCCGAGGCGGACAGGGUCGGAGAAGGACAGAAGGACAGAAGGAAAUGCUGACAUGCGCUCGACAUGCGACACCUGUUCCUCAGUUCACUGUCCUGUGAUGGUCUUUGUCUGCCCAAAACAUUCUUAAAUGAAGUUUGCACCUCGAGAACAUUGUCAAUAAAAAGCACCAGUUCUCUGUGUUGAAAGAUGAAUUCUCUGACAGUUUAACUGCAAUACAGAAAGUGACGAGACUUUGAGAAGAGAUGCUGCACCUGCUGAAUUACAGACAUGGCACCAGAUUGUUGGAUGAACUUUAACCUCGCCUGCACAACAAAUCAUCUUUUUUAGAUUUUGCUGCCGUUUUCGGUUCAGAUGAGCCUUGAACAUCUGAGUGUCAAUGCUGUGGCACCGAGGUUUUCGGAAACAAUGACGAGUGUAACAAAGUGCCAUCUUGAAUAUGUGAGUCUGUCAAUAGUGGCAAGACAUGCAGACAUGUAGACACCUCUAUUGUGAGCGUGAAUCCUGAUUUCUCCUGAAAGUGAAUAACAUCAUUUUUACCUAUCGUUGACGUGCAGUGAAACACCCUGUAAUUCGUCAUUCACUCUCCUUAAACUGGGACAACCUGUGCUGCAUUUACAGCUACACAAUUUUAGGCCGACUGACACGAUAUAUUUGCUUGUGAAAUGAUUCAUUAAGUCAGUCCAACCUGUGAUUGUGUGGUCAAGUUGUCUUAUGUAUGUAAACGUGCCAAAGUCCAAUAUCCUUAGAAACAGGCCAUUCAACAAAUAGCACUAAAUAACACCUGUUGUUUAAAAUGAGCGAUUGAAGUACAGUGUUUCCUCUUUCACCAUGUUAUUGAGUAUAUUUGUACCACACAGUAUUAUACUGUGCACAAUUUUCUCCUUUGCACCAACAGGCACAGUUUGAAUAGCAGGUGGAUCAUAUUGGUUUUUACUGUGGACGUUUGAACAGUUGAUGUAUGCAAUAAAUGUGUGCAAUUUUAAACAUGUAA